AUUAAGUUGCAGUCGCGCGACCAAAACGUUGCGAUGAACUUCUCUUGGUCUUUUUUUUUUUGUUUGAAGGUCACUGUUGCACCUGUUUUAUCUACUUGUCGCAUAAAAAUACUUCACGAAGGAAACAAAGAAUACUAGGAGAAUAAUAGGAUUUUGAGGCGCUCGACCUCAAAUCCCUUCUUUCCUCUCAUCAACAUUAUACCCUACCACCACAAACACACUACAGACACACGCACGAAGCCGACACCAUGUCGACUCUCGCGGAAGAGCUACUACAAGAUUUCGAAGAUUCCGGUUCCGAGAAUGGCGAAGAUCAGAAUGAUGGUGGUCUAGAUCUCGAAGGCCCAGCUAUUGGCCCUCUACCAACCCACGAUGACGAUAAUAAUGAUAUGGUCCUCGAUGGCGACGAGGAAGAAGAACCCGACGAAGAUGAAGAAAUGGGUGGCAUGAAUGGUAGUGCUACCGAACGUGUGGAAGAUGCAGAAACCACCAAGGCCAAAGUUGAAAAGAUGCAGUUGGGCGGAGUCAAGGAUAUUCGAAAGGUUACUACUGUCAUGGACAGACUGGAUCCUCUCCUCAAGGAUAUCGCCCACUAUCAAUCGAAACCUCUCGCACCGCAUACCACAAACAUCGGUAACAUCGAGGACAACCCCGAGUACAAGAUCCUCACCGAAUCCAACACCCUCUCCACUCAAAUCGACGGCGAAAUCAUGAAGGUUCAUAAGUUUAUCCGAGAUCAUUAUUCGGCUCGAUUCCCCGAACUAGAAACACUUAUUCAAAGCCCUGUUGAAUAUGCCAAAGUCGUCGCCAUCCUCGGAAACGGACCCAUGGAUUCGGAUAGUAUCAAAGCCCUGCAAGGCUCCGCUGACAAUCCCCUUGGCGAAUCACUUAAGUCAGUUUUGGACGGCCCAUCCCUGAUGAUUGUUACGGUUGAAGCCACCACGACCAAGGGGCAUGAAAUCAGUCAAGACGAGCUGGACCGCAUCCUCCGGGCCUGCUACAUGAUGAUCAAGAUGGACAAGGCCAAGAAGACACUCACAGACUAUGUGCAGUCUCGGAUGAAUAUAUUCGCUCCCAACCUGACGGUGUUGAUCGGCUCGUUGACCGCUGCACAACUGAUCAAUACCGCCGGUGGCUUAACUAAUCUCUCCCGAACGCCCGCCUGCAAUCUGGCCGCCUGGGGCUCCAAGCGAACGGGAAACACCGCCUUUGCUACCAAUGUAGGUGUGAAACAGCAAGGCUACCUUUUCCAAUCACCCAUCAUCCGCGGCAUUCCGAACGAUCUGAAGAAGAAGGCUAUGAAGGCAGUAGCCGCGAAGCUCGUUCUAGCUGCUCGUGCGGACACCGGUCACACCAACCCCGAUGGAUCGUACGGCGAAGAACUACGAGGCCAGUGCCUAGAGCGCCUAGACAAAAUGACAGAGCCACCUCCCAACAAAGGUCAGCGAGCCCUACCAGCCCCAGAUGACAAGCCUUCCCGUAAGCGAGGUGGUCGCCGCGCGCGCAAAGCCAAGGAAGCCACGGCGAUGACAGAUUUACGUAAGGCCCAGAAUCGCAUGGUGUUCGGUAAGGAGGAGAGAGAGACAGAUUACGGGGUGGGAGACUCUACUUCGGGCUUGGGGAUGAUUGGUCAGGGACAGGAUGGACGAAUCCGGGGUAUACAGAUUGACAACCGGACCCGAGCCAAGCUUAGUCAAAAGCAUAAAGGCUGGGGAGGAGCUACACCUGUUGGCGGCUCAGCUUCCUCUUUACGUGGCUUUGGCCAAUCAGGGAACAAUAUUGAUCUACGUGGUAAGGGUCUACGCACGUCAGGGGUAGGAUCCACGAUCGGAGGAGGUGCGGGGACAGCCUCUUCACUAGCUUUCACACCCGUCCAGGGACUAGAGCUCGUGGAUCCCAAGGUCCAGGCAGAGCUUAGUCGCAAGAGAAAGGCGGAAGAAGAUAGAUGGUUCAAAGGAGGCACGUUUACCCAAGUUGGCGGCAGCGGGACCGCUAGCAAUGCCAACGGUGGCUUUAAGGUUCCUGGUCAGCCUCCAAAUAAGAAAGUUAACACGGGCACUGGUAAUAUGGGACCUCCAUCUCUUCCUACUAAGAGAUAAAAGCGGCGGCAGAUGUAUUGCAGCUACCAUUCCUAGUAAAAAGGAGGGGGUCUCGUGUAGGUUAGGUCGUUAGAGAGGAGGGUUUUCUGCAAACGUUACCAACCUACCUACCUAGUGCCUAACGCAUACAUCCAGUGUUAAUAAGGUAUGGCGUCUAGAAGGAUGAUGGAGUCAGUCAGUCACCUGCAGUUUUUUUUUUUUUUCAUUGCAGCGUAAGGGUUAGGUCGCAUGGUCAACGGCGUUUUUUUCUUCGGAAGUGAGGACAGGGCUAUAUCUGAGUCUGCGUAGUUGAGAACUUAAUAUCAUGCCAGCAUAUUACAAUAUCAUGCAAUAGUUUCUUGAAAGCAGGCAAGCAAACUCG